UUACACAUUUAAAAAUUUGUUGUGCAGGAAGUUGGAUGCAACCAUGCUCAGAGUGUUGGGUUUUCAACGGAUGGAUUUGCAACAACACAUACUAUGAGAAAACUGCACCUCAUAUGGGUGACUUCUCGCAUGCAGAUUGAAAUUUACAAGUAUCCUGCUUGGAGUGAUGUAGUUGAAAUUGAGACGUGGUGUCAAAGUGAAGGAAGAAUUGGUACUAGACGUGAUUGGAUCCUUAAAGACUAUGCCAAUGGUGAAGUCAUCGGAAGAGCCACCAGCAAGUGGGUAAUGAUGAACCAAGACACAAGAAGGCUUCAGAAAGUGACUGAUGAUGUCCGUCCGUGA